UAUUUCUUUUAAUACAACAAUUGCUAAUAUUGCAUUAAAAGUUUCUGCACUACAAGGCCCUUGUAUAGAAAUUGCCAGCACAGGAGAAUAUGCAAACGGAAGCAUGUUUACGGUAUCUAAAAUUGCUUCUGCUGAACUACUUUGCCUUAGUGAUGUAGCAGGUGUUCAAGACACUAGAGGAAGUUUGGUUUGGUUUCUUUCUCCUCAAAGAUAG